UAUGCGCUGGCACAGAGAACAAGCUGAGUACUCUGUCAGACCUGGAGCAGCAGUACCGCACCCUAAGGAAGUAUUACGAGAACUGUGAGGUGGUGAUGGGUAACCUGGAGAUCACCAGCAUCGAUCGCUCCAGAGACCUCUCCUUCCUCAGGUCUAUCCGUGAGGUGACAGGCUAUGUGCUCGUGGCUCUGAACCAGUUUGACUACCUGCCACUGGAGAACCUGAGGAUCAUCAGAGGAACUAAGAUGUAUGAAGAUCGCUACGCUCUGGCGAUCUUCCUCAACUACCGCAGAGAUGGGAACUUUGGCCUGCGCCAGCUGGGACUGAAGAACCUCACAGAGAUCCUACAGGGCGGUGUGUAUGUCGACCAGAAUAAGUUCCUGUGCCACGCAGACACCAUCCACUGGCAAGACAUCGUCAAGAACGCCCGCGUCAGCCCUCUGGUUGUGCCCACCAAUAGCAGUGUUACAUGUCAGAAGUGUCACGUCUCCUGUAAUGGUCGCUGCUGGGGCCCAAAGGAGGACCAGUGUCAGACCUUGACUAAAACAGUGUGCGCUGAGCAGUGUGACGGUCGCUGUUUCGGACCCUGGGUCAGUAACUGCUGCCAUCGCGAGUGUGCAGGAGGAUGCUCCGGACCCAAGGAUACGGACUGCUUCGCUUGCACCAACUUCAACGACAGCGGAGCAUGUGUGACCCAGUGCCCCCAGCCCCAUGUAUACAACCCCACCACCUUCCAGCUGGAAAGCAACCCCAGAGCCAAGUACACCUACGGAGCCUUCUGCGUCAAGAAGUGCCCACAUAACUUUGUGGUGGACCACAGCUCCUGUGUGAGGGCUUGUCCCAGCAAUAAGAUGGAGGUAGAAAAUGACCGCAUCAAGAUGUGCAUCGCCUGCACUGAUAUCUGUCCAAAAGCCUGUGAUGGUAUAGGUACAGCCAGUCUGCAGACAGCCCAGACUGUGGACUCCAGCAACAUAGACAAGUUCACCAACUGUACCAAGAUCAAUGGAAACCUGGUCUUCCUCAUCACUGGCAUUAAAGGGGAUGUGUACCACAACAUUGAGGCUCUGGAUCCAGAGAAACUGAAUGUGUUUCGGACUGUUAGGGAGAUUACAGGUUUCCUGAACAUCCAGUCGUGGCCAGAGAACAUGACAGACCUGAGUGUCUUCUCCAAUCUGGCAACCAUAGGAGGUAGAGCACUGUACAGUGGUAUCUCUCUCCUAGUGUUGAAGCAGCGGUGGAUCUCAUCCCUCCAGCUCCAGUCCCUGAAUGAGAUCAGUGCUGGUAACGUGUACAUCACCAAUAACAGUCAGCUGUGCUACUACAACACCGUCAACUGGACCGGCCUGUUCAGAGCCAACAACCAGAAGGUCCUCAUACGCAACAACAGAGACCCCAAAGAGUGUACUACUGAGCGGAUGGUGUGUGAGCCUCUGUGUUCGGACGCUGGCUGCUGGGGGCCGGGACCAGACCAGUGCCUGUCCUGUCGCUACUUCAGCCGGGGACGCAUCUGUGUGGACACCUGCAACCUCUAUGAAGGGGUCCUGAUCAUUGUGUGAAGUGUCUGCACUUUAAAGAUGGUCCUAACUGUGUGGAGAAGUGUCCUGACGGCCUUCAGGGGGCCAACAGCUUCAUCUUUAAAUAUGCCGAGGCCAACAACGAGUGCCAUCCCUGUCACUCCAACUGCACGCAGGGGUGUAUUGGACCCAGACUGCAGGACUGUAUUGGCAUGAUGGACAGGACUCCCCUGAUUGCUGCCGGGGUGAUAGGGGGCCUCUUCGUCGUGGUCAUUGUGGCUCUGAGUGUAGCCGUGUCUGUCCGCAGGAAGAGCAUCAAGAAGAAGAGAGCCCUGCGACGCUUCCUUGAGACAGAGCUGGUGGAGCCCCUGACACCUAGUGGUACAGCCCCUAACCAGGCCCAGCUCCGCAUCCUCAAAGAGACUGAACUCAAGAGGGUCAAGAUACUGGGCUCGGGGGCCUUCGGCACCGUCUACAAGGGUAUCUGGGUGCCAGAGGGUGAGACAGUGAAGAUCCCGGUAGCCAUCAAGAUCCUGAACGAGGCAACGGGACCCAAGGCUAACGUGGAGUUCAUGGAUGAGGCUCUGAUCAUGGCCAGCAUGGAGCACCCCCACCUGGUACGUCUCCUGGGGGUCUGCCUGAGCCCCACCAUCCAGCUGGUCACCCAGCUCAUGCCCCACGGCUGCCUCCUCGACUACGUCCACGAACACAAGGACAACAUCGGCUCCCAGCUGCUGCUCAACUGGUGUGUUCAGAUCGCCAAGGGUAUGAUGUAUCUGGAAGAGCGGAGACUGGUGCACAGGGACUUGGCUGCCCGUAACGUGCUGGUCAAGUCCCCCAACCACAUCAAGAUCACUGACUUUGGUCUGGCUCGGUUGCUGGACGUCAACGAGAAGGAGUACAACGCUGACGGGGGCAAGAUGCCAAUCAAGUGGAUGGCCUUGGAGUGUAUCCACUACAGGAAGUUUACCCACCAGAGUGACGUCUGGAGCUACGGGGUGACCAUUUGGGAAUUGAUGACGUUUGGGGGGAAGCCCUAUGAUGGCAUCCCGACCCGGGACAUCCCAGACCUGCUGGAGAAAGGAGAGCGUCUUCCCCAACCUCCCAUCUGCACCAUAGAUGUAUACAUGGUCAUGGUCAAAUGUUGGAUGAUAGAUGCAGACAGCAGGCCCAAGUUCAAGGAGCUAGCUGCAGAGUUCUGUAGGAUGGCCCGGGACCCCCAGCGUUAUCUGGUCAUCCAGGGUGAUGACCGUAUGAAGCUGCCCAGCCCCAACGACAGUAAGUUCUUCCAGAGCCUGCUGGAUGAGGAGGAGCUGGAGGAUCUGAUGGAUGCUGAGGAGUACCUGGUUCCUCAGGUCUUUAAUAUCCCACCGCUGGCGUACACACCCAGGACACGUGUUGACUCCAACAGGAACCAGUUUUUGUACCAAGACCCUAGUUUCGGCAUGGAAGACAGGUUGGGUACCAUGGGGACCAUCCCACGGGUGCUGUCCCUGUCUGUAGUCCCAGGGUGCAGGCCCCCAGGGGACCAGUCUGCAGGGGGGCAAGGCGGCAGCGGCCAAGAGGACAAACGCUUCGAGGACCAGCGCUGUAACGGCACCCUGAGGAAGCAGGCCUCACCCCGGCCCACGGGACCUCCAGGACAAGGCGGAGCCCCAGCCUCAGGUCCAGGGGAGGACAGCAGUGGACAGCGCUACAGUGCAGACCCCACCAUCAUGCUGGGGGAGAGAGGAGCUAGAGGAGACACAGACCAGGAUGGAUACCUGACCGCCAUGAGGGAGAAGGCCUCCUCAGACUAUCUCAACCCUGUGGAGGAGAAUCCGUUCGUGACGCGCCGGAGGAACGGAGACACCCUGACCCUGGACACCUGUAACCCCUACCAGGUGGCCCCCAUAUGUCCCCAGCAGGCCGGCUCCGGCCCCAGAGUGGAUGACGAAUAUGUCAACGAGCCCCUCUACCUCAACACCUUCCACAACCCCGGAGGACCAGGGCCAGGAGAGGGAGACUACACCGAUUAUACCCUGAAAAAGAACGGAGUCCCUGGGGGACACAACCCUAUCCUUGCCACCCUUACCAGCCAACCAGGCGCUACUGGCGUCACUGCUGGCCAAUCAGGCACCACCCAGGCAGGGAACCCCUCCCACAGCAUCCAGGCAGCCAACGCCCAUGCUGUCUCCGCACAACCGGGAUACGCUGCACCUCCGGGGCUCGGCGCAGCCGGCCCACACCCAGGGCACAUCCUGCACCCAGGUCACCCUUCCCACCCCGGGUACACCCUCCACCCCGGUCUCACAGGCACCAUCAUGGUGGACAAGAAGACCAGACAAGACAAGAACAAGACGUUUGACAAUCCAGAGUACUGGCAGCAUAGCCUCCCUCCCAAGGCCACCCUGCACAACCCUGAGUACCUGCAGGACUGCAGCACGCGCUUCUUCUACAGGCAGAACGGACGUAUCCGGCCCGCCGUGGCUGAGAACCAGGAGUACCUGACGGAGUUCGCCCUGAAACCCGGGACCGUGCUACCGCCCCCGCCCUACAGACAGAGGAACACUGUGGUGUAACGUGGAGUAGUGAGGAGGACUGGGUGAGAAGAGGAGGAAGACAAGGCGAGGAGGAGGAGUGAGGGGGAUGGACGGAGGAAGAAGGGCAAGAUCGUGGGAGGAUGGGAGGAGGAGAGAGGACUGAGUGUGAGAGCGAGGAGGAGAGAGAAGUGAAGACGGGAAGGAGGAGGAGUGGACAGUCCCUCUCACACUCAGUCACGCAGUAUUUACGUAUCAAUGUAUCAACCUUGGUUCCCUUCACCAGCACUGGACUGACACAUCUAUGUCUGUCUGUCUGAUUACAGUAACAUUACACAGAAAUAUCACCGUAAUAUUAUUGUAAUAUACAAAAUGCUGAGAGCCUCCUACCACCCAUGAACCCAGGACUAAUGAGCACCUCUCUGUCUGUAUCUAUCUCCUUUAUACUGGAUUACAGUAACAUUACAGUAAUAUUACAGUAAUAUACAUACUGCUGAACCCAGGACUAAUGUGCACAUUGCUAGCCUCCCCUUCCACUCAGCCCCUCUUAGCCAACCUUAACUCCUCCUCUACCACACCCACUACUCUCCCUCAGCUCCGCCUCUUCAGUGUUGAUCACACAAACAGGCGCCACCGACUCCUGGGAAACGGUGGACCUCUCUCUCAUGUGACUUUGUCCUCUUCCUGACUCCGACUUUAUACUCCUUUAGACUCCAGCUUCACCAACAACAUCAACAACAACAACAACAGCAACAACAAAAACAACAACAGCAGAACGCUAAAGGAACAGUACAUUUAUGACUACUGACAGACAAUUACACCGUCCCCCAGAAAAACCCUCUACAAGACUAUUGUAGCCAAGAACAAGGAACUAUUGUUUGCUCAUUAUCUUACCUACACUAUUUUAUUAGUAAGAACCAUACAGUAAUUCCCAGUUGAUACACAACACUACACUUGGAGCACCACAUUUUCCAACUGGGUUAAUUUGUAGCAAUCCACCAACAACACGUACAGUAAUGUCAUGAGAGCUGUUGGUGUCCAGGACAGCAGGUUCAUGUAAGAGUAAAUGUAUACAUCUGUGUAUACACUGCUGUUCCAUCACUGUCUGCCAAGCCCCAGCCACGCCAUUUAUCUGUCUCAUAAUGUGGAGGAUGAAUUCAUGUCCGCUGACUGGACUGACUGGCUGGCUGGCUGACUGGACUGACUGGCUGGUUGACAUGGUUUAAACCCCUCUGAAUACGUAAUGCAAUUCAAACAUGGAUUGUACAGCACAGCUUAUAUUCUCUAUAACAUGUUCAUUUGCAUCUCGCAAAGAAGGAAGAUGUGCUCCCAACCUUGACACAUCAAUAACCCUGUACAUGUGUGAUAUAGUCACACACACACACAAACACAUACACACACGCACAAACACAUACACACACACACACGCACAAACACACACGCACAAACACACACAGAGAUAGCGUUAGCGUCGUGUGCAUUCCUCUUUGGACCAGGAGCUCGGUUGACCUUGGGUUCUAAAGCAGUGGAGAUAGCACCAGCCAAGGUAGUGCAGCGGCAUGAGAAGAAAGUCACAGCAAGUAAAUGGCAGUGUUAUACUGUAUGUAAAGCUGGAAUGGCCUACGUUGAACACACUGAAAUACAUCAGGCAGAAAGUGCCACAGCCCAGGAUUUAAGAGGAAAUAGGCUUAUCAGUAAGGAGAGGAUCUGAACCACCCAGCCAUGCUGUUAUAACUUCUAACCCACAUGACUUCUGAGGCAGACAAAUCCGGAUCUGGAUCGAUGCUGUCAUAGAAUAUAGAUCGGAAACUGAUGUGUGUUGCAAUAUUUUUUAACUGAUAAACCCUGGCAGAGUCUGUCUGUUCGUUCCCCUAUCAGAGCUUGUUACAAAGACCUCAGGAGACAGGACUGAUGAGGUAAUGGGGACUGAAUUUUGAACUGGACUGGAUAGAUAGACAGUUGGAGGAGAAAGAGAAAUAGAUGCCAGGGUCAUGUUCAUUAGGCACCAAAUGGAAGACAACGGACUGAAACAGGGAGGGACUACCUGGACAUUGCGAAAUGUUUUGUCCACGUGUGUGGAGGACUGGAGUAUUCUGGGGCCUGGAUAGGUGGCGGGCGGCAGACACCAGGUUGGGAUAAGAGAGGCCUAAAAACUUGGUCUGGUCUUGGGUCUGGUCUUGGGCAUAAAGGAGGAUAACUAAGCCCUGAUGUGGUGGACAAAACCAUGGAGGAGAGUCAUUGAGAGUUCUGGUCAAACUGGAGAGGAGAAGCCUGAGAACCUGAUCUGGUCUUGAGUCGGCCAUGGCCAGUGAGGAGUGAACAAAGCAUGGAAAUACACAGGAAAUAAACCUAGUACACACCAAGCGGACUCAUCAUUGGUGGAUAUGUUCUGUGGAAUAAUAUAUUCAUUUUGGGGGGAAAUUGGGGAUGGAUGGCAUCAGAUUUGGACAGUUGAAAUACUGUAAUUAUAUUAUGUCACGCCAUGAAGAAUAGUAUUGCUAACUAAAAAAACAUCAUACUGGCCCCUAAAACGAAGACUUUUGCUCCACCCCCAAAUGUCUCUCCCCUCUUCUACGUACAGUACAGGGGCAUCCCUCUCCAACAAUUUGCAAUCAAGAUGGAAAAUGAAACUGUGCCAAAACAUUUGGAGAGAUUUCCUUCCUCCACAAUGACAUUUUCAUUAAGAAAAUGCAGGAGCUACAGCAGAUCAAGGACAUUGAACACUUUUCUAUUCAUGUUUGACAAUAAUGACAGUACAGGUAGACAGACAACAUAUCUAUGGGAGGCCAGGUCCAUGUGUCUCAGAAUACUGCCAGAUCAUUCUUGUUUUCGCUGCUAGUAGAGGGGGAAUACUGUCAACACAAAAUACAUAUUUAGAUUUGGGCCUUUUUGAGUUUUGUUAAUUUGAUAGGACUUAUUAACCAUUUUGGCACAGCCAAACCUCUCUCUUCAUUGUUUCCCCAGCCAGAAGAACAUCCGGUUCUCAAUACGUUUAUUUUAAUUAUGUUUUAUCUAUUGCAUCGCAGCUACAGAAAAGGCAGGCAGCCUACCCUAUUUCUCUGUUAUUUUUCUCAUUGUGGCUUCAGUUUGUACGAUCCAGAUGCAGCACUUAAAUGAAGACUAGCAGAAGUAAACGAUGGUAGUGGUGGAUGAAGAGAACAAGUCUAGUAGUAACCGUCUAGAAGCACUGACAGGAGAACUAGAAGGCUCUCCACUCCAAUGAAAAUAGAAUGAAAUGUCCGGGAGUUUUUGGAGAGGCAUUGUGUUGUUUUUUGUUUAGUUUAGCCAAACACAGAUGUUUACUGGAUGAUGUGUUUAAUUCCAGUUCUCCUCCUUUAUGAAAAAUAAUGACUUGCCAAUUAAGAUCCAUCUGAAGCACUUCAGAGCUUAGUGAUAGGCUAGCUAGCAGGCAAAGCUACAAUGGUAGAAUCAUGAAAGUGGUCCUUGUAGACAAAGCUACUUUGGUAGCAUCGCUAAAGAGUUUCUAGUCCUAGUGGACAAAGCUUCAUUGGAAUAACCACAGGAGGAUAUAAGGUCUGUUUAGAUAGCUGAUCACAACGCACUACAGAGUCUAGUCCCUGUCUACAAACCUACAGUGGUAGAAUCACUACAAAGUCCCUGUCUACAAACCUACAGUGGUAGAAUCACUACAAAGUCCCUGUCUACAAACCUACAGUGGUAGAAUCACUACAGAGUCUCUGUCUACAAACCUACAGUGGUAGAAUCACUACAAAGUCCCUGUCUACAAACCUACAGUGGUAGAAUCACUACAGAGUCCCUGUAUACAAACCUACAGUGGUAGAAUCACUACAAAGUCCCUGUCUACAAACCUACUGUGGUAGAAUCACUACAAAGUCCCUGUCUACAAACCUACAGUGAUAGAAUCACUACAGAGUCCCUGUAUACAAACCUACAGUGGUAGAAUCACUACAGAGUCUCUGUCUACAAACCUAGAGUGGUAGAAUCACUACAAAGUCCCUGUCUACAAACCUACAGUGGUAGAAUCACUACAAAGUCCCUGUCUACAAACCUACAGUGGUAGAAUCACUACAGAGCUUAUAGUCCUUGUGAACUUAACUACAGUGGAAGAACCAUGUGAGGAUAUUAGGCCUGUUUAGAUGGCUAAGGCUUCUCUUCAGCAACUCUACCUGAGGUUAACACUGUGUGUGUGAUCACUAGUGUCUACUGACUCAACCGGUCCUGUAGACCUAGAUCUCUGACAGGACGUUAAUGUGUUAAAUGGACAUAAACACUGUGGCUGUGUCAGAUACCAAGGUACUGUUUGUUUGUUUGUUCCUUCUCAUUUUGGAGGUUAAAAUAAAAAAUUUCCUCUGAUUUAAGAUGAUUCGUUUGAGAGCUAACAUUUACUAUAUCUGUAUAUAUUGUCCUUGUGUAAAAUAAGUGUAUAACAGUAGAGUGGAAUCUCUGCUUCAUCUGGGGAGUUUAUCUGGGCACGUUUUAUCCCAGACUAUGAACAUGGGGAUAUUGGUGUUGGGGCAAUAACAGCCUGUGAGAGUGAUGUUAAGAGGAGUCAUGAUGGAUCUUACUGGUCAAUUAAAGCCAGUCUACAGGAGAAUACAACACUAGUGCCCUGUGUAAUAAAUACCCAAGCUAAUGAGAAACAAUCCCUUAAGGUAAACCCUUAUUUGAAAUCAAUCACAAGGGUCUUUUAGCUAGCAGUGUGCUGAUAGCGCUCCUUGUCCUCUAAAGCUGCUCUGUUCUGCUGUUCUGUUCUGUUCUGUGGGGAAAUCAUAUCACCCAACAUCUCCAACCAACAUGGCGGAGAUAAAUACUGGUGGACAGGGCAAUAGUUUCCCAUUCUAAGCAGGGUAAAAGGCAGAGAUAUUAGCAUUCCACAAAUGUUAGGAGAUCAAUACAUCAGUGUUACCAUAGGUUGUCUGAGAAGCAGCGUUUGGAUGCAGUGCUGGAAGCAGAGGAAGAGACUGGAGUUUUACUUUAUCUCAAAAAGAUGACUAGAGAAAUGUAUGUAGCAAACACUGUUGAAGUUGAGUGGUGUGUAUUUAAAAACUGACUACCAUAAAGCAGUUAAUGAGGCGCAACUUGAACAACGACCAAAAUGAUUUUGAAGAAGCGACCGGCGAGGGGUUUCAGAACUGAGAGUCGUAGAAUCAUAACACUUUAAUGAAUUAUGUCUUCGGGUUGUUUUAGCAAAAGCCUUUAUGUACAAAAGGAGCACAAAUUUUCCCUCUGUUUCAUCUCAACACUGAUUGUGCACACUCAUUUUAAUCAGCAAUGUUGAAACUGUCACAUUUAUUUGAUUCAGCUACUACUGUAUUUACAAUUUUGGGGUAUAAUAAUCAAAACAGAUGUAACCAUGACAUCUUUAAGAGUAUUGUAAAUUGUGUUAAUGAUGAUGUUUCUUAGUGUAUCUCAAUGGGGGGUUCAUAAUGGCAAUAGAUUGUUGUUUCUUUGACUCUGUUGCUAUGAGAAAGGGCACAGACAUUUCGGUGCCCUUUCUCACUGUUGUAUUUCAAUGUUACUCCCAACUGGAUCCACCCCUGGAUCUACAACUUGGAGUAAAUACCUAAAGUACAUGAUG